AUGGACAUGAAACAACAAGAGCACGAUAGGGCAAUUGAUGUAGAAAAUGCAAAAGAAAGGGAGUAUGUAUGCCAACAAAGGGAGUAUGCACGCCAAGAAAAGAUUGAAAAUAAGGAUCGGGAAACAAUGGCCAUGGAUACAACCCAUAUGUCCCCUGAAACAAAACAAUAUUGGAAGCUAGAACGAAGGGAUGUUAUGAGACGAAGACUUUUUCGUGACGAUGGACCUAGCAACACGGAUUGA